AUGAAACUCAUCGCUUUGACGAUUGCCGCCCUUUCAGCUGUUACGGCUGCACAAGGCUACUAUGACCUGCAGUCUCCAGGCUUCCGUCUCAUCAUCAAGUCUAGUAACUCGACUCUCAAUGGUACUGCUCUCGGAGCCUGCCACCAAGGAGCGGCUAUCGAAGGCCUCUGCCCUACCGGCGAGACUGUUCAGGAUCCACCAAGCUCGUACACCACCUUCUAUCAUAACAUCAGCUCCAACGACCAUCGGGAACCAGGCGCUGCUGAUGUUGAUGGUAUUCUGAGCUGGAUCCUGAGAGCUGGUGGCAACUUGACAGUCCCAUCUGCAAUGACCAUGACACCGCUUCCAGGUUCGAACGUCGUCAAUCCUACGUUCUACCCCGGCAUCUCGGAGCAUACCUCCAUUGCCUUCGAAGAGGACGGCUGCACCUACAUCUCGAGCUUUCUGGACGACACUGUCAGCCCCCCAAGCUAUUACAAUCCGACCCGCAAGGUCAAGAACUGGUACAUCUGCCUCACCAGAUGGUCCUACCUGUACCAGACGCUGUCAUGGAAGAUUGGUGUGACAGACCAGCCCCAGAACCCUUCGUGUCAGAAGGUAGACGUCAUUCGAGUCUUCAACUGA